UACAGAACGUCAGAUAGAUAUGUUGUGUGCACAGAAGCUUAUGUCUGAAAUAAACUGCGUUGUUGAAUUAACUCAGCAAAUGCGAACCGAAGACAUAAGAUAUUUGGAGCUUUUAAAUAGAUUAAGACAUGGACAAUCGACAAUAGAAGAUUACCAACUUCUGUGUACGAGAGUCAUAGGAAAUCCAAAACUUCAAGUAUCUCUACAACAAAAGCCAUGGAACGAAGCUCCAAUACUGGUUUUUCGGAAUACGCUACGCACUCAAAUUAAUAAUAGAGCUGUCUUAAAAAAAACAAUGGAAAUGGGACUUACCCCAAUUGUAUGCAUUGCUCAAGAUUAUAUUCAAGGAAAACCAGUGGAUGAUCUACGAUUACGUAAAGCAAUACUUGAACUACCUGAUAAUAAAACAGAACAUCUUCCAGGCUAUUUACCUCUCGUACCAGGAAUGCCAGUUUUACUCACAGAAAACGUCGCUACUGAACUUGGACUCUCCAAUGGUACACGUGGAAUCUUUCGUCAACUUGUAUACGAUGAAUCAUCAGAAGAUGUUCGAUACCAGGAUAAGAAUUUUCCACCAAAUACCAAGUUUAUAACGCAACCAAAGUACGCUUUAGUAGAAUUUCCUGGCUGCAAACUUGAUGACAAACUUGCUGAAUUGCAGUCCAAAAUAGUUCCUAUAGCUAUUAGUGAACAAACAUUCUUGUUUGACGCCAAGGAACUUCUUCCAGAAAAUAUAGCAAAAGCGGCCAAAAUAAACAAGAAAACAACAAAACUCUCGGUCAAACGUAAAGCACUUCCGCUUAUACCCGCAUAUAGCAUGACAACAUAUAAAAGCCAAGGCCAAACACUCGGUAAAAUUAUCGUCGAUCUGGUCAUGCCUCCUGGACCACUCGAAGUUGCAUCGGUUUAUGUUCCAUUAUCUCGUGUAAAGAGACUUGACGAUAUACUUAUUAUACGUCCAUUUGAAUUUGUAACACUCCAAGUUAAACCAUCAACGGCCCAAAUAGAAGAACUUAAACGAUUAGAUAAAAUAGCACAAAGUACUCGGAAACGUUUUCAAUUCAUUGUUUAA